GUGGAGAAACGUCAGUACCUACUUGACAUUUGAGUGUUUUACUUAGGCGGACGGACGGACAGACUGUAACGACGGGCUUGGAAUUGAACGAGCGAGCGAGCGAGCGGAGCGCAGCAAACGAACGAAUAUUAAAACAAGUCAAAUCUAGCAAAACAAGUUGUAAGGUGGGGUUAGUGAAACAUUCUUCUUUUCGUUUGUUUGUUUUUUUGGGUCUUCUAUUCAUUCAUUCAUUUCGUCAGCCAAACUCCGUGAAAAUAACCCAGAAUAAUAAAGAAAAUACAAGAAAAGAGUAACAAAAUCAACAACUUGCAAUAUGUGGAAAAUUUUGUUGCAAAGUGCAAUUGUGUGUGCCGCUUUAAGUUCGGUUUUGGCCAUCGAGUGUUAUGUGUGCGAUGCUUCGGACACCAAAAAUCCCUUCCAGUGUGGCGAGUGGUUUGAACGCUUCGACGAACCCGAUAUUCAACCUUCAAACUGCUCAAAUGUCCAUGAUGCCAAAUUCUGCAUCAAGCACAUAGGACGUUUCGAGGGAGGCAUUGGGGCCAAACGUUUUUGCUCCUCUCGCGACUUGGGCAACUAUUGUGAUUAUGUACGCAACAAAGGUGAUCGCAUGGAGUACAGAUCGUGCAUCUUUACCUGCAGCACAGAUGGCUGCAACAGUGCCCCCAGUGUUUCACAAAACCAACCUCCCAUAUUGUCCACAUUAGGUGUUCUAGUGUUAAUGGCUGCCACAAAAAUGUGGCUGAAAAGUGUGUCUUAAACCUUUAAAAUCUUCACAUACAGAGUUGUAUUACAUCACAUUCCUAAAGUGUUGGAGGUGAAGAAUGCGUGUGUGUACUUGUGUGGUCAUGGGGUAAUAAACUCUCAGACAGACUUUAGUUUUUUUCCGCAACUGUUUAAUGUAUUUCUCGAAUAGCUUUACUGAAAUGUUAGUCUUUAAGUGCCUUCCUUGAUUUAUACACAAAAACUUGACUUACAAAUGUUUUAAAUUGUUAACAAAUAAAAAGAAAUUAAAAAGAAAAUUACAA